AUGCGUAUACAGUAUUAAAGGCGGAGCCCCGCCCCCACCCGCCUCUUUCCGUCUCCGGUCGCCGAGGCGAGAGGAGCCGCCGCCAUGUCUGCGCAUCUGCAGUGGAUGGUCGUGCGGAACUGCUCCAGUUUCCUGAUCAAAAGGAAUAAACAGACGUACAGCACUGAGCCCAAUAACCUGAAGGCCCGCAACUCCUUCCGCUACAAUGGGCUGAUUCAUCGCAAGACUGUGGGCGUGGAGCCGGCCGCCGACGGCAAAGGUGUCGUGGUGGUCAUGAAACGGAGAUCCGGCCAGCGAAAGCCAGCUACCUCCUAUGUACGGACCACCAUCAACAAGAAUGCCCGGGCCACACUCAGCAGCAUCAGGCACAUGAUCCGCAAGAACAAGUACCGCCCUGAUCUGCGCAUGGCCGCCAUCCGCAGAGCCAGCGCCAUCCUGCGCAGCCAGAAGCCUGUGAUGGUGAAGAGGAAGCGGACCCGCCCCACCAAAAGCUCCUGAGCCUGCACCCGAAAAUCAAUAAAGAGUCAGCCAGCUUUUUCUCCA